UGAUUCCAGCCAGCAUGCAGCAUUCCUAACCAAAUCUCGAAAUAAACCCAAUUGGUUCCUUUCUUCCUCGUUCCACCCCAAUCCACCCCAGUUGGGUCGUUUGCACGCGUCCCCAUCCCCAAUCCGGAGGAGAGAUCGACCCUGGCUGGUGCCACCCAAACCCUAGCUCCCCCGCCUCCUCUCGCGCGGGAGGAGGAGCAAUGGCGAGGCGAAGCAGAGGCGGCGGCGCGGAGGCGGCGAUGAAGGCGGACGCAGCGAUGCGGGUUGUGUGGCGCAGGGGCGCGGUGAGGCUGGUGCUCGUGUCGGCCAUCGCCUGGGCGAUGCUCGUGCUCCUCGCCCUCGCCUUCCACCUCUGGUCCUGCAGCUCCUCCGUCGCAUUCCUCUCAGCUCUUUGUAAAAAAGACAGCAAAGUUCUCUACGUGUUGGACUCAAUGGGUCUCUCAUCGAAACCACUCCAUCGCUGCCAAAUACCUGUUGCAGAUGAUCUGAAUGCUGUUGUCAUUCCAAAGAGGACUCCCAACAUAAUCGUAAAGAAGUUAUCAUAUAUAACCGUUGACAAACAGGAUAAAGAUCCUUCACCACUGUUUGGAGGACGUCAAAACUGGAAACAGAGGGAGGAAAGCUUUAAACUGAAUGCUACCAUGAAGGUGCACUGUGGAUUUAUGAAAAAUAGUGGUGCGGAUAUGGAUAGUGUUGAUGUCAAGUACAUACAGAAAUGCAAAUUCGUGGUUGCCUCUGGUAUAUUUGAUGGUUAUGACAUUCCCCAUCAGCCAUCGAAUAUUAGCCUUCGGUCUCAGAAGUUGUUCUGCUUCCUGAUGGUGGUAGAUGAAGUGUCCCUUGAUUUCAUUGAAAAGAACACCACUGUCAAGAUUGAUAGCGCUGGAGGAAAAUGGGUUGGUAUAUGGCGACUUAUUACGUUACAUCGCCUCCCAUUUGAUGAACCUAGAAGGAAUGGAAAAGUACCAAAGAUCUUGACACAUAGACUAUUUCCUCAAGCUUGGUAUAGCAUUUGGAUUGAUGGGAAAAUGGAGCUUAUAGUUGAUCCACUGCUUAUUCUUGAAAGAUAUCUCUUGCGAGGAAAAUACACAUUUGCAGUAGCUGCCCAUAAACAUCAUAGGAGCAUCUAUGAAGAGGGUGAUGCAAUCAAACGACGGAAGCGAUAUGCUCGGCCUUUGGUUGAUCUUCAGAUGAAGAUGUACUAUUACGAGGGGAUGGAGCCUUGGAGCCCAAAGAAAAAGAUGCCCAGUGAUGUGCCGGAGGGAGCUGUGCUGAUCCGGGAGCACACCACUAUGACCGAUUUAUUCAGCUGCCUCUGGUUCAACGAGGUCAAUCUUUUCACACCUCGUGAUCAGAUCAGCUUUGGCUAUGUGGUGCAUAGGCUCGGUGACGCUCUUAAAUUCUUCAUGUUUCCGAACUGCGAGUACAAUUCGCUGUUCAUCUUGCACAGACACACAAGGGAACACUCGUCAAAAGUCGAAUGGGCCAAAACAAUCGACGAGAUCGUGAAAAAGGGACUGAAGGAGAGUAGAGGAGGAUUAGGGCUAUGGACUCCGUAUCCUGUAGACCUCAGUUCUGUUGAACUCCCCGCUGUAAAAAGAACUUCACCGGCAGGCUAGGCUGGAAAAAAAUGUCUAUUUGUGAUUCUUUUGUGCUUGUGCAAAGUAAAACUCUGAUAUUCUUUUU